GACUAAUGUGCCCCGAAGUUUUGUGGUACUAGUAUCUAUCAUAAUGAAUACAAUUGCAUAGAAUAUGUCACACCUUAAGCACACAACGUCAGGAAAACCAUUGGUAUAUGAAGAUGGUGAAGAUAAGCAGGAUAGCUCUGAUGAAACUAAUCCAUUUUCUUUCAAGGAAUUUUUGAAGAACAAAACAGUUUCUACACCUACUAAAACCGACAAGGAGAACACUAUUAAAUCAAAAUGUGAAAAGAAAACGCCUAAUAGUAGUUUAGCGGGAGAUGAUCCUUUAUUUCCUCAGUAUCUGGGACCAAACUCAAACUUGCAGCAGCCAUUUUUCACUGGACUGCAUGUAGAGUGUUCAGAGCCAUUUUUCGCUGAUCCUACAGUUGAAGACCAUUUAUUAGAGGUUGAUGAGGAAGAAGAGGACUGGAGUGGGAGCUACCAACCAUCUGCUGUGGAAGAUGCCCAUGAGCUUGAUAUCUUCAGUUCUGCAUCAGAUAGCAAUUUUGAACAUUGUUCUUCAAGUUCAGCUGAACAGUCAAAUGCCAAUAGUACAUUUGCAACAUGGCAUAUAAAUACAAGCAGUAACACCACUGAGGGAAGUUCUUAUCCUACUACUGCAUCAAAUAUAAAGACAGAAAGAGAUUGUAAAGUCUAUACAUGUUCAGUUGAAGAUUCAUCUUAUCACAUUUACCAGUCACAUGGUCAAGAUCUUAGAGAAGAAAAUGCUGAUUUAAGAAGAAAAAUUAAAGAGCUGCUAAAACGGGAAGAAGCACAAACUAAAAAAAUAAAAAGCUUGGAAGAAGAAUUGGAAAAACGAAAAAUCACAGAGGAAACAGAAACUCAAGCUUUAGAGUCCAUGGUCCAGCAAGUUGAACAGAAUCUACAGCUUAUGACGAAACGUGCUAUCAAGGCUGAAAAUAAUGUUGCUAAACUGAAAGAAACUAUUGUACAGCUACAGAGUAAGCUUGAAUAUUGCAGAACCGAAAAUGAAGCACUGCGGGCAGGGGAUUCUGAAAAUUUGAGGGCUGCAAAACAGAAUGCACAACUAGCCUCAGAAAACCUCCACAAAGUUGUUAACAGUGCUCAGUCUUCAAUAAGGCAGUUGAUCUCUGGUGCAGAAACACUGCAGGUGGUAUCUGAACAGCUCAAAUCUAUCAGCAGAAUUACUGAAGUUCAGAGUGAGGGCAUUUAAAUGGGAUCAGCAUGAUUAAUGCAUCAUUGCAUCAGGAGACUAGCAGCACUGUUUGUGUUAAAAAAGCAAGCUGGUUUUGCAAAUAGUAAUAAUAACAACAGUGAAUAAAUGUAUAAGCCUAAAUGAAAUAUAUGAAACAGCAUAUAUGUGCUUUAAAAAUCAUUUUUCAUUCCAGAGGACUAUAACCACAGAUCUUAUUAGCUUUUGUGUCUGUUUUUGUAUAUGAUAUUAAAAUAUUUACUUUGCUGCCAUUUACCAGUUGACAGUAUUAAUGUGGCUCAUGGAGCCAGUUAACGAUCUAAUAGAAAUGCAUUGUGAUCUAAAUGGAGUACUGUCCUCAGCCAAAUAAAAAAUGCUUUUAUAAGUUUGCUAAAGGAAAUAUGUUAGUUGAAACUAAUAGAUUUCAGGGAAUUUAACUAUUUUUUAUCAUCCUGCUACUAAUAAAAAAGCUGUGGUUGCAUUUU